GCUCGGGCUCAGGAGGCGGCGCCCCCCGCGCCGGGCCCCGGGGCAGGCGGCGGCGUAGCAGCCAUGGCCCGCGCCCAAGCUCUCUUCCUGGCGCUUACCUUCCAGCUCUGCGCGCCCGAAACCGAGACUCCGGCAGCUGGCUGCACCUUCGAGGAGGCGAGUGACCCAGCAGUGCCCUGUGAGUACAGCCAGGCCCAGUACGACGACUUCCAGUGGGAGCAAGUGAGGAUCCACCCGGGCACGCGGGCCCCUGCAGACUUGCCCCACGGCGCCUACUUGAUGGUCAAUGCUUCCCAGCACGCCCCAGGCCAGCGGGCCCAUGUCAUCUUCCAGAGUUUAAGCGAGAACGACACCCACUGUGUGCAGUUCAGCUACUUCCUGUACAGCCGAGAUGGCCACAGCCCUGGUACCCUGGGCGUCUAUGUGCGUGUUAACGGGGGCCCCCUGGGCAGCGCUGUCUGGAAUAUGACUGGAUCCCAUGGCCGUCAGUGGCACCAGGCUGAGCUGGCUGUCAGCACCUUCUGGCCCAAUGAAUAUCAGGUGCUGUUUGAGGCCCUCAUCUCCCCAGACCGCAGGGGCUACAUGGGCCUAGAUGACAUCCUGCUUCUCAGCUACCCCUGCGCAAAAGCCCCGCACUUCUCUCGCCUGGGCGAUGUGGAGGUCAAUGCCGGCCAGAACGCGUCUUUCCAGUGUAUGGCGGCAGGACGGGCUGCCGAGGCCGAGCGCUUCCUUCUCCAGCGGCAGAGUGGGGCGCUGGUGCCCGCGGCCGGUGUGCGGCACAUCAGCCACCGGCGCUUUCUGGCCACCUUCCCGCUGGCCGCCGUCAGCCGCGCAGAGCAGGACCUGUACCGCUGCGUGUCCCAGGCCCCGCGCGGCGCGGGUGUCUCUAACUUCGCGGAGCUUAUCGUCAAGGAGCCCCCCACUCCCAUCGCACCCCCGCAGCUGCUGCGUGCGGGCCCCACCUAUCUUAUCAUCCAGCUCAACACCAACUCCAUCAUCGGCGAUGGGCCGAUUGUGCGCAAGGAGAUCGAGUACCGCAUGGCGCGUGGCCCAUGGGCCGAGGUGCAUGCAGUCAGCCUGCAGACCUACAAGCUGUGGCACCUUGACCCUGACACCGAGUAUGAGAUCAGUGUGCUGCUCACGCGUCCCGGAGAUGGCGGCACUGGCCGCCCAGGUCCUCCACUCCUCAGCCGGACCAAGUGUGCAGAGCCCAUGCGGGCACCCAAAGGCCUGGCUUUCGCUGAGAUCUUGGCUCGCCAGCUGACCCUGCAGUGGGAACCACUGGGCUACAAUGUGACACGAUGCCACACCUACACGGUGUCCCUGUGCUAUUACUACACCCUGGGCAGCAGCCACAACCAGACCGUCCGCGAGUGUGUCAAGAUGGAGCGGGGCGUCAACCGCUACACCAUCAAGAACCUGCUGCCCUACCGGGACGUCCACGUGCGCCUGGUCCUCAGUAACCCCGAGGGGCGCAAGGAGGGCAAGGAGGUCACCUUUCAGACUGAUGAGGAUGUGCCUGGUGGGAUUGCGGCUGAAUCCUUGACCUUCACGCCACUGGAGGACAUGAUCUUCCUCAAGUGGGAGGAGCCCCAGGAACCCAAUGGCCUCAUCACUCAGUAUGAGAUCAGCUACCAGAGCAUCGAGUCCUCAGACCCUGCAGUGAACGUGCCAGGCCCCCGGCGUACCAUCUCCAAGCUCCGCAAUGAGACCUACCACGUCUUCUCGAACCUGCACCCAGGCACCACCUACCUGUUCUCCGUGAGGGCUCGCACGGGCAAAGGCUUUGGCCAGGCAGCGCUCACUGAGAUCACCACCAACAUCUCGGCUCCCAGCUUUGACUAUGCUGACAUGCCGGCACCCCUGGGCGAGUCGGAGAACACCAUCACCGUGCUCCUGAGGCCUGCACAGGGCCGUGGCGCGCCUAUCAGUGUGUACCAGGUAAUUGUGGAGGAGGAUCGGCCGCGGCGGCUGCGGCGGGAGCCAGGUGGCCAGGACUGCUUCCCAGUGCCUCUGACCUUCGAGGCAGCGCUGGCUCGUGGCCUAAUGCACUACUUUGGGGCCGAACUGGCGGCCAGCAGUCUGCCUGAGGCCAUGCCCUUCACCGUGGGUGACAACCAGACCUACCGUGGUUUUUGGAAUCCACCACUUGAGCCCAGGAAGGCCUACCUCAUCUACUUCCAGGCAGCAAGCCACCUGAAAGGGGAAACCCGGCUGAACUGCAUCCGAAUCGCCAGGAAAGCUGCCUGCAAGGAAAGCAAGCGGCCCCUGGAGGUGUCGCAGAGGUCGGAGGAGAUGGGGCUCAUCCUGGGCAUCUGUGCAGGGGGACUUGCUGUCCUCAUCCUCCUCCUGGGAGCCAUCAUUGUCAUCAUCCGCAAGGGGAAGCCAGUGAACAUGACCAAGGCCACCGUCAACUACCGCCAGGAGAAGACGCACAUGAUGAGCGCCGUGGACCGGAGCUUCACGGACCAGAGCACCCUGCAGGAGGAUGAGCGGCUGGGCCUGUCCUUCAUGGACGCCCCUGGCUACAGCCCCCGGGGAGACCAGCGCAGCAUUGGAGUCACCGAGGCCAGCAGCCUCCUGGGGGGCUCACCACGGCGUCCGUGUGGCCGGAAGGGCUCCCCGUACCACACGGGGCAGCUGCACCCUGCAGUGCGGGUGGCUGACCUCCUGCAACACAUCAACCAGAUGAAGACAGCCGAGGGCUAUGGCUUCAAGCAGGAGUACGAGAGCUUCUUUGAGGGCUGGGAUGCCACCAAGAAGAAGGACAAGCUGAAGGGAGGCCGGCAGGAGCCUGUGCCUGCCUAUGACCGGCACCGCGUGAAGCUCCACCCGAUGCUGGGAGACCCCAGUGCCGACUACAUUAAUGCCAACUACAUCGACGGUUACCACAGGUCAAACCACUUCAUAGCCACACAAGGGCCAAAGCCCGAGAUGAUCUAUGACUUCUGGCGCAUGGUGUGGCAGGAGCACUGCUCAAGCAUCGUCAUGAUCACCAAGCUGGUGGAGGUGGGCAGGGUAAGCAGGGCUGGGGGUGAACUGGGGUGGGUGGGCCUUGGGGCAGCGAGGGUUCCACUGAGUCCUGUCCUGUGGGGGCUGCAGGUAAAGUGCUCACGAUAUUGGCCAGAGGACUCAGACAUGUACGGGGACAUCAAGAUCACACUGGUGAAGACGGAGACGCUGGCUGAGUACGUGGUGCGCACCUUUGCCCUGGAGAGGAGGGGCUACUCUGCCCGGCACGAGGUCCGCCAGUUCCACUUCACAGCGUGGCCAGAGCACGGUGUCCCCUACCAUGCCACCGGGCUGCUGGCCUUUAUCCGGCGAGUGAAGGCCUCCACCCCACCCGAUGCCGGGCCCAUCGUCAUCCACUGCAGCGCUGGCACUGGCCGCACGGGUUGUUACAUCGUCCUGGAUGUGAUGCUGGACAUGGCGGAGUGUGAGGGUGUCGUGGACAUUUACAACUGCGUGAAGACCCUCUGCUCCCGGCGCGUCAACAUGAUCCAGACCGAGGAGCAGUACAUCUUCAUCCAUGAUGCAAUCCUGGAGGCCUGCCUGUGUGGGGAGACCACCAUCCCUGUCAACGAGUUCAAGGCCACUUACAAGGAGAUGAUCCGCAUUGACCCUCAGAGCAAUUCCUCCCAGCUGCGGGAAGAGUUCCAGACSCUGAACUCGGUCACACCGCCGCUGGACGUGGAGGAGUGCAGCAUCGCGCUGCUGCCCCGGAACCGCGACAAGAACCGCAGCAUGGACGUCCUGCCGCCCGACCGCUGCCUGCCCUUCCUCAUCUCCACCGACGGGGACCCCAACAACUACAUCAACGCAGCCCUGACUGACAGCUAUACGCGGAGUGCAGCCUUCAUCGUGACCCUGCACCCGCUGCAGAGUACCACCCCUGACUUCUGGCGCCUGGUCUACGACUACGGGUGCACCUCCAUCGUCAUGCUCAACCAGCUGAACCAGUCCAACUCCGCCUGGCCCUGCCUGCAGUACUGGCCGGAGCCGGGCCGGCAGCAGUACGGCCUCAUGGAGGUGGAGUUCGUGUCCGGCACCGCGGAUGAGGACUUGGUGGCCCGAGUGUUCCGGGUGCAGAACAUCUCUCGGCUGCAGGAGGGGCACCUGCUGGUGCGGCACUUCCAGUUCCUGCGCUGGUCUGCCUACCGGGACACGCCUGACUCCAAGAAGGCCUUCCUGCACCUGCUGGCUGAGGUGGACAAGUGGCAGGCUGAGAGUGGGGACGGACGCACCAUCGUCCACUGCCUAAAUGGAGGAGGCCGCAGCGGCACCUUCUGCGCCUGCGCCACGGUCCUGGAGAUGAUCCGCUGCCACAGCCUGGUGGAUGUUUUCUUUGCUGCCAAAACGCUUCGGAACUAUAAACCCAAUAUGGUGGAGACAAUGGAUCAGUACCACUUUUGCUACGAUGUGGCCCUGGAGUACCUGGAGGCUCUGGAGUCAAGAUAGCGGGGCCUCUGGCCUGGGGCACCCACUGUGCACUCAGGGCCAGGCCCACUGGCAAAGAGGACUUGUCCCCCCAACUCUGCUCAGCCAUAGUCCCACAGGGAAAGUGCCGGAGUGGACGCUGGGCCAUCUCGAUGGCCUCUUCCACGGUGUACAGCGCCUCUCACUGUAUCUGUGGGCAGGCUAUGGGCCAAGGAGGAGCUGAGCAAGACUUCAGCCCAGCCCCACCUCCAGAGGGUCCUGCAGGCCUGGGCUGAAAGGCCAGGCACAGUGACUGGGGCUCAGAACGGCCAGCUCUGGGAGACCCAGGCCAGGACCCUUGACUGCAUAYGAGCCCUUGCUAGAGAUGAGUGAGGCCUUGCAGAGCGAGUGUCCCAAGCCACAGGAAGAAAGGAGGAGGGUGCGCUGGGCUUGCCCCCUGGAAUCCCGUCUGGACCAGCCCCUGAGGGCUCGGCCCUGAUUUGCCAGUGGGACACACUGACCAUCCUCUUCAGGGGAACUGCCGUGCCCUCCUUCACCCCACUGCCUCCUGCAGCCCUGGGGUAUCUUGCUCACCACCCCUCUCCGCUGCUGCUUCCUGACGUGUGCUCUGAGCUUCCCAGAACCAGGAUCUGCCCGUGCCUCCCAGCCCCCCUCCCUGAGCCGCCAUCUGCAGAGUGAGGUCACCUCAGCCCUCUCUUCCCUUAGCCUUCAGGCCUUCAUGGCUCGGUCAUGCUCAGCUUGGCCAGUGACCGUCUGCGAGGCUGACCCACAGCCCCUGGGGUUGAGGCCCCUUUGGCUCCUGGUCAGGCUGCUCCCCGGGGCGGGGUGUGCURGAGCCCAGCUGGUCACAUCCCCUAGUUCGGAAGAAGAACUGAAUGGAGGAUCGAUGCUUUUUGUUUCUUUUGUUAUUUUUUGAUGGGUGGGUGGGAAGGUCUCCUAAAAAUGGGGCAGGCCACACCCCCAUUCCGUGCCUCAGUCUCCCCAUCUGUAAACUGUAGAUAUGACGACUGACCUACCUCGCAGGGGGCUGUGGGGAGGCAUAAGGURAUGUUU